AUGUCGCGACUCCUCGACGAACUCGAACACAUUGUCGAUGAAAUCCCCAAAGGCCUUUAUCACGCGAAAGAAACCGCGAUAGGCCUGCUUAACCCAAACAGACGGCAUGACAACCCCCAGGAGAAACAGGAAGACAUGAUUAGAGCAGAAAUUAACGGCAGUCAUCGUUUCCACUCGUUCGCUGCCCAGCGUCAUCAGAACUUUGUGAAAUGGCACAUUGACGGUAUGGACUAUAUGUACGCCGUCUCCGAAAUGUUGGAGACCGCACGCGAGGCGAUUUUCAUCUUGGAUUGGUGGCUCACUCCUGAGCUCUAUCUCCGUCGUCCCGCAGCGUACAACUACGAUUGGCGUCUUGAUCGUGUGCUGAAGCGCAAGGCCGAGCAGGGCGUCCGCAUCUAUGUGGUCGUCUACAAGGAGGUCACGCAGACGAUGUCCAUGAGUUCGUCCCACACCAAGCAUGCGCUCGAGGACCUGCACCCGAAUAUUGCGUGCAUGCGGCACCCGGAUCAUAUCGGAAGCAAAGACGACGUCGAGUUCUGGUCGCACCACGAGAAGGUUGUUGUCGUCGACAACCAUCGCGCGUGCAUUGGCGGGCUCGACUUGUGUUUCGGUCGAUGGGACACACACACGCAUCCUCUUGCGGACGCGCACCCUACGAACUUCGAAGCUACGCUUUUCCCGGGUCAGGACUACAACAAUGCGCGUAUUGUCGACUUUCAGAACGUACAGAACUAUGUCAGCAACGGCUUGAGUGUGCUUGAGAGUCCGAGGAUGCCGUGGCACGAUGUUCAUAUGACCAUCGCCGGUUCUGCGGUGCUGGACAUUGUGCAGCAUUUUGUGGAGCGGUGGAACGAGAUCAAGAAGCGCAAGUACAAGAAUGACGAUCGGUACGACUGGCUCGCUCUCCCUCAUGAUGUCGAAGUUGCGCCCCAGGAGGCCGUUGCCAGUACGCCUGCCCUGUCUUGCUUACUCGCUAAUCCACCGAGCUCUGAUGAAGUGCAUCCGCACCGUGAGCUCUGGCACCGGAUUGGGCGCAGCUUCCGGCAGCGCUUCCACCGUCCCCACUGGGCACAGUAUGACGAUUACCUCGAUGAUCCUGCGCUCUACCCGCGCCCACCCAAUGGGACGUGCCGCGUACAGGUCGUGCGCAGUGUCUCGGACUGGAGUAAUGGCAUCCUCACGGAGCGCAGCAUUCAGAAUGCUUAUAUUCAACUGAUUGGCGAGGCGGAACAUUUUAUUUACAUCGAGAACCAAUUUUUCAUAUCCAACACCAAGGAUGAAGGUCCGGUCAAGAACCUCAUCGCCAAGGCCUUGGUGGAGCGCAUCCUCCGAGCAGCUCACGAGGGUGCAAAGUUCAAGGUCGUCGUCGUCAUACCUGAAGUACCGGGUUUUGCAGGUCCAGUCAAGGACGAUAACUCGGUCAAGACUAUCAUGGCAGCUCAGUACCGCACGAUCAACCGAGGCGGCAGCAGUAUCUACGAGGAGAUUCGCAAGGCAGGGUUUGAGCCCAUGGACUAUAUCCGCUUCUAUCAUCUUCGCGCUUAUGAUCGCAUCAAUGCGCCUUAUAAGUCCUUCAUCGCUCAGAUGGAACAGAUCAGCGGCGUCAAAUUUCACGAAGCCAUGGUGGCUCAGGCGCGUCUGUGGAUUGGGCCGCGCGAAGACAAGCUCGACCCGCAACAAGUGACCGUGGUCCUCCCCACGGGCAACUUCAACGCCGAGCCGACGCCCUCCGGCGCUAAGACUGAGUUAAAGACUGAGACGUACACUAUCCCGCCAUCAUUCGAGGCGGCCCGCGAUAUUGUUCAGCGUUUCGUAGGCAGUGCUCGAUCGCUGCGUAGCGACAAAGAUGUGUCCGACAACGUCGUGCAGCACAUGUUGAUCGACAAGACCGGCCUGCUCCAGGAGCAAUGGCUCGGGACCGAGGAGGAGGAGCGGACAGCCUACGUGUCAGAGCUGCUCUACAUCCACAGCAAGGUGAUGAUCGUGGACGAUCGGAGGGUUAUUCUUGGCUCUGCCAAUCUGAACGAUCGCAGUCAACGGGGUGAUGGUGACUCUGAGAUUGCAUUGGUUGUGGAAGAUGAUGAUAUGAUAGAUUCGGGGAUGAAUGGCCAACCCUAUUUGGCAUCCCGCUUUGCUUCUUCUCUGCGUCGCAAGUUGUACAGAGAGCACCUGGGACUUAUUCCUCCCCAGGACUGCAAGCCCAAUUCGCACCCGACCACGUUCAUGCGUCCGGCACCUCACCCGAACGAGGACGAAACGAGAACGCGUGAAGACGCACUAGUGGCGGAUCCAAUCUCUGAUGCGACCCUCAGCCUCUGGAAUACCACAGCCAAACGCAACCGGGAUAUCUUCACUGAGAUCUUCCGUCCGAUUCCGACGAACCUUGUCAGGAACUGGGAUGCCUAUAAGAACUAUGUGCCGAAGGUCAUGACGGAUCAUGUCGUCCCUGAUAUAUCCCUAGACCGCAUCAAGGACCGCCUUUCCCACGUUAGGGGUGCCCUUGUUGAGGCUCCGUUGGACUUCUUGAUUGAUCAGAAGGACUUCGCCGAGGGACCAGAGUGGGUUGGCUUGAACCCGACCUUACCCAUUUACAUCUGA